UGUCCUCCGUUUGAUAUUAAAUAAAGCGCACGUAAAAUACACUGAUUAAACGGAAGUCGGGUCAAACCGAAACUAGGAUUACAGGUAUCCGACAGGUGAAAGUUGCUCUCGCCCUCUCUGUGUUCAAACCAUCUGUACCAGCUCAGGUAAGGUGUACACUAACUACACGAUGUCCGUUAAAAAAGACAAGAAUCUGGGUAUGUGGACAACUGGCAGGCAAGGAAGACAGUUAAACAGUGCAAUCUUCGCAUGCUCGAAACAGAAGACUUCAGUGACGUCACCUUCAGGGUGGGGUCACAGCAACAGGUGGUCCGAGCUCACCGCUAUAUGUUCUUGUCAGUCGCAGCUGUGUGUUCGAUGCGAUGUUCCGUGGCCCAAUGGCGGAAAAAAGGAGGUAACCAUCCCGGAUAUUGAGGCAGACAUCUUCAAGGAAUUCUUAAGGUAUAUAUACACAGACGAGGCCCGAAUCAACGCUGAAACAGUCACAGGCCUAAUGUACACAUCCAGAAAAUAUUCUCUUGAUGCAUUGUACGAUCUCUGUGUAACUUUCCUGGAUAAGUCCCUGUCACAGGACAAUGUCUGCCAGAUCCUGGAGGAGUGUCAUGGUUACGGGGAACUGGACUUGGAACAGAAGGCCCUGAAGAUCUUGACUGAAGGAGGGAAGAGAGUCACCAAGUCUCCAGGAUUUGUGGAUCUUUAACUCUGAUUGUCUAGG